ACCUAAUGACUACAACUUACUAAGCCGAAAUGAAUAUAACUCACUAAGCCUGAACCAACACCUAACCUAAGCCCGAACCCACACCUCUCUCUCGCCUCUCUCCUCGUCCAACCCUAGACCUCGCUCUAAACUCUAGUACGAGACGACGACAGCGGCAGAGGUCCGCAAGAUAUGAGAUUGAAGAAGCUAACGAGCUUCAUUCCCUUCUUAGUUCCUCUCCCGCCUAUCCCUGUCUCUCACUUCUCACGAAAGGCAGCCAACCACCACACACCACUCGACCCCCAAAGCCCAGCUCAAAACUCACCAAUCUCGCUCAUAGCAUAUGCAUCAAUCGACGGCAGAGGGUGGAGAAGGCUCGUCUUCAACAAUCGCCCGGUGAGCAGUAUAAGGGGCCAGGGAUCCAGGGUGGGAGAGGGCGACCACGGCGACGAAGGGAGUUGAGCGUGACCACGGCGACAAAGGGAGUUAGCGUCAAGGAUGUGGAGCACGAUUUAUUAUGGGCGGAGUUAGAUCUUUGAUGCUGCUAUGUGAGAGGGGAGAAUGAAGAGGAAGAGGUGGGAGGGCGGAGGAAAGAAAGGGGUUUUGUUAUUUUUGGAGGUUCAAUUUGAAGAAAUAGUGAGAGCAGGAAAGAGGUCGUGUUCUUUGGGUUUGUAGUUCCGGACCGAUAUAUUUUUGGUUUGGCUAGACAGAACCGAAAUAUAUUUCGACUCAGAAUCUGUUUCAGCUUUCAGGAAUACUAGGAGACCGGCAUACCCUUGUUCGGUUUGGUUUGAACCAAAUCGAACCGAUAUCCACCCCUAAUCCUAACCUUGGUGGACAACCUUGUUUGCAUAAGUGGUGGCGCAACUCUAUAGAUAAGAUCUCCUGCGGAUUUCAGAUAUCGAUUGGACCCACCGGCAUUGAGAAAUUUCUUCGACAAUUUCUUUCCCAUAGGAAGUGUCUCUCAGACUGGAGCAAACUUCUUAGAGCAUUGUGUACGCGGUGGUAAAGAUCGUGGAUGAUUGCGAAGAUUUUGUAGUUGGAGUUAUCCACCGAAUUUGGUGGUGAUGGCCUGCGUUGAUGGUGAUUACGAUGGUUGCGCGAGGUUUCCACUAGAGUUGGUGCUGAUGGUCGGCGUUCGUGCUGAAGCAACGACGACGAGGUGUUAAUAAUUGUAAUUUUUUUUA